AUCAAGUUCAAGGAUGCGGUGGGUAGGAAGUUCAGCUUCCCGUGGAACUUCUGUAAGACAUGGAAGCAGGGAAUGGAAGACCUCAUCAAGCAAGCCUUCCUCCACGUCGAUGUCAUUGGACGAGAAGUUCACGAAGGACAUUACGAUCUCGUCGGUCCCGACGGCGAAAUCAUCCUCCCUCAGAUCUGGGAAACAGUGAUCCAGCCU